AUAGUUGUCUAGGCAGCAGAAUGUUCCUUUUAACGCUUGUGUUAAUUGGGACCUGUUCCCUGCCUCUUACCUACGGCUACUCGCUGGCUUUCUGUCAGAGUGCUUGCGGUACGCCCCAGUCUCAGACAGGGGAAGGAACUCAGUUGAUGAAGUUCAUGUGUGGUUGCAUGUACCACCCAACAAUCGAGCCACAAGUCCCCACAGUUGAAGGUAAGCACAUGAUCUACCUGCUGCCUGAUCCGACGCUGCCCACGGACGACGCCAGAGUCCAGCCCUUCGCGAACACGAGCCCCAAGACCACGACAGAGGACAUCUGUGACCUCCUUUGCUCGGUACAGAUGGGCGGCGAGGCAUGUCAGUGCAGCCACCCUAAUCUUCCGGGGAGAUAAAAACGUUGGAAAACUCAUAUGUGUUCAUGGACGUACUAGGGUUAUUGCCCCUUUAACAAGGGUUAUAUUGCCUUUGUUGCGAAAUCAAUAAUUUAUGUAAAUGAAAUUAAUACUAAUAAAAAAGGUUAUAUAACGUUA